AUGAAAUUUCACAAAAAUCUUAAAAACAUUAUCAUCAUUAACUUAUAUUUUCUUGGAAUGGACAAAUCGUCAAAAUACUUCACCCCAAAUAGAGUAAAGAAGAUACAAAUAAAAUAUGAACACUCAUCAAAUAGCCAACAUAAUAAUAUAAAAAAAAACAUUGUAAAAAAUGACAAUGAUAUACUAAAUCAUCAAUGUAAAACAUAUUUUGUGAACAAUGUAAUUAAAAAAGAGAAAUAUGCCAAUAUAGAAGAAGAGGAAAUAACACAUAAAAUAAAUGAAGCAAAUGAAUUGAAUUCCAUUCAUAAAAUCAACCAAAAUAACCCAUCAAAAUAUGGUAGAACAAAAAGGAAAGCAAUAAAAAGUGAAAAAAAUGAUGAAAUAAUUAAAAACUUAAAAAAUGAAAAUGAUAUAAAAACGAAAAAAAAAAUAUUCAUGCUAACAUACAAUAAAAUAAAAGAAAUGAGAAAAAAUAUAAAUGCUCCAGUUGAUAAAUAUGGAUGUCAUAUGCUAAGCGAACAAACUGAUGAUUUAAAAAUUUUUAGAUUUCAAACUUUAAUUUCGUGUUUAUUAUCAUCUCGAACAAAAGAUGAGGUAACAGCUAUGGUAAUGGAUAGAUUAAAAAAACAUGGACUAAAUGUUGAAAACAUAUUAAAGACCCCUGAAGAAGAAUUAAAAAAAUUGAUAUUUGGAGUAGGAUUUUAUAACGUUAAAUCAAAACAAAUUAUUAAAAUUUGCCAAAUUUUAAAAGAAAAAUAUAACUCGGAUAUACCACAUAAUUAUGAAGAAUUAAUAAAACUACCAGGUAUUGGGGAAAAAGUUUCACAACUUAUUUUACAAACAGCUUUAAAUAAACAUGAAGGUAUAGCUGUUGAUAUACACGUGCAUAGAAUAUCUAAUCGUUUAAAUUGGGUUUAUACGAAAAAUGAAUUGGAUACACAAAUAAAAUUAAAAAGUUUUGUGGAUAAAGAACUAUGGUCAGAACUAAAUCAUUUAUUAGUUGGCUUUGGGCAAGUAAUUUGCAAAGGAAAAAAACCAUUGUGUGGAAAAUGUACACUUACAGAUUAUUGCCAAUAUUACAAUGAUAACUUUGUCAAGAAAAAAAAAAAAAAAGAUCACAGUGAAUAG